AUGAAUCCUGUUUGGAAACGAUCAUUCGGAUCGCUGCCGAAUGAUACAAACCUAUCCCCAACCAUGUUCUCUCCUCGAGAUCCUAGCAGAGUCCUAGCAGCAGAAGCCAACGGCACGGCCUAUUCACUAAAGCCAUCCACGCCAAUAUUCUCUCCGCGAGCAAUCAUAUCACCAGAUCCGAACGCCACGUCCUAUUCACUAAAGUCAAUCUCACCAACGUUCUCUCCUCAAGCAGUCCUGACAGCAGAUUCCAACGCCACGGCCUAUUCACUGAAGUCAGUCACCCCUGAUUACUCACUCACUAAUGGAGUCUCUCCCGCACCUGACACCGACACUGCCGUAGACGUCAAUGAUAACGCUGAGCAUUCGCAAACCACUACAGCAUUGGAUGAGAUAUUGUAA